AUGGAACCACGUUCGGACGAAGCAAGAGUAUUGGUGAUAUACACGGGCGGAACCAUCGGAAUGCUCGUCAGCUCGCGAGGUUACGUUCCCGAACCAUAUUUCCUCACCGACACGAUCCGGAGCCAAAAACGCUUCCAUGAUCCUUUGCAAGACUCCCUCUUCUCUAACGCUGCAUCUGUAGAGGGUUAUAGAGAGUGGAGCAAUAGCGGAAAGUCCACGCCAAGUGGUUCCGACAAUGUCCCCACUCCAGGUGCAUCCACCGGAAGUCAACCUACCCUUCUCGUCAGGUCCUCCCGCCCGAUUGGUAGCACGAGUGCCCUAUUGCCGUCUAUAUUUUCACAAAUUCAGAAGGUUAUUGGACAACCGGAAUGCAGAAAAGUCUCUGAUGGUGUCUAUGAGACACGUCUGCCGAGUCUUGUAACUCCUCGAUGCGUCAUUCCUGGACAUGUUCAAACGAAACGCAUACGCUAUGCAAUUCUCGAGUGGAACCCACUGCUUGACAGUAGCAACAUGGAAAUGGACGAUUGGAUCCGUAUAGCCGCAGAGAUUGAGCUAAACUACACUUCUUUUGAUGCAUUCGUAGUACUACAUGGCACCGACACCAUGUCAUACACUUCUAGUGCACUCAGCUUCCUGCUCGAGGAUCUCGGUAAAACUGUUAUUCUAACUGGAGCUCAAAUACCCCUUUCACAACUUCGGAACGAUGCUGUCGAUAAUCUCCUUGGCGCACUGUCUAUUGCAGGCAACUACACCAUACCAGAAUGCAGCUUAUAUUUCAACCAUACCUUGUACCGCGGUAACAGAGUGUCCAAGGCCUCUUCCUACGACCUCAAUGCCUUUCAUAGCCCUAAUUUCCCCCCGCUAGUAAACGUCGGAAUAGAUAUAGUCGUCAACUGGAACGACGUCCUACGUCAAACUAGUCUUCGAAGAUUUAGAGCCUACAAAGGAAGUCCCCAUGUUGCAACUCUACGGCUCUUCCCAGGCAUGACAGGCGCCACUGCUCGCGCAUUCCUCGCGCCCCCGACCCGUGGAAUUGUUCUAGAGACAUUCGGUGCUGGCAACGCUUCCCAACGUCCAGAUCUCCUGGCUGCAUUUAAAAACGCCUGCGACCGAGGUGUCGUUAUCGUUGCUAUAUCCCAAUGCGUCAAAGGCUCUGUAUCAGGCGAUUACGAGACAGGACAAACACUAAUUCAAGCCGGUGUCGUCCUCGGCGGGGACAUGACCCCCGAGUGUGCUCUUACCAAGCUUAGCUACCUUCUCGCAAAACCUGAAUUUACCGCAGCCGAAGUGCGCUCGCUUAUCAGCCUUCCUUUAAGAGGCGAGCUCACACCACCAGUAUCGUCCCUGCCGGCAGCGCCUUCGUCGGAUGACGUGAACACUGACCUUUCGGGAUUGUUGUCCGAAUUCGUUCGUCUCUCUUCGUCUGCGCGGAAGGCAGAUAUUCCUCAGAUUGUGAUCGGAGAAGAAGUGCAAGACGCUGCGGCUCCGUGGACUCGUACUGCCGCUGAGCGCGCGAGUACAGAGGCUGCUCUCUUGCCGUUUCUCGUGCAUCUUGCCGUCGCCCGGGAUGAUGUCGAGGGACUGGAGUUCUGCCUUGCUUCAGCAGGCACCUCGUCAGGUUCUGGUGUGACUGAGGGAACGACAGAGGUAGUCGUCCCAGGAGGUAUCGUGAAUUGUCUGGAUGCGGGGAGCGGAAGGAGUCCGUUGCAUGUCGCUGCACUAAACGGGAAUAUGAGGUGCGUAGAGAAAUUGCUGGAGAGCGGCGCUUUGGUACAUCUCCGGGACGGAUUGGGACACACUGCCUUGUAUUAUGCUGCACGUCAGGGCCAUGCUGGCAUUGUUGAUACGCUUAUGAGCGCGGGUGCGAAUCUUGGUGGAACAGAGACUGAGGCGGGAUAUGUGGGGCUUGCGCUGCGGAAUGCAGUUCAUGCUGGAAAUGGAGCUGCGGUGGAAAUUUGGAGACGGGCUGGUGUGAAACACGCGGAUUAGUUAUUAGUUGAGACAUUGUCUGCGACCUUGUGGCGGGUUUCAUACGUCUCGUCAACGUUAUGUAGUACACUCCGUUGUCACCGCCACGAUGUGCGGAUCUGGUUACAACAAAGCGCGAAGCUAGCCUCAUGGAUUGCCGUACUAACUCUACAACAGAACGAAGAGCUCAAAACCGAUUUUUGUUGUUUUGCCUACCGCAAUUGUUCCACUGUUGGGCCCCAGCAGCCCAGUAACAGUAAGUAAUGCUCCCGAAUAACGGAAUGUCACGAUACACGUGACCGACGCGUCGUGGGAUCGUGUUUAUUUUUAACCG